AUGAUGAUGUGCAGAUCGCCUUCUAUACAACAUGCGACUUCACAUAUGUCCAACGAAAUUCAGUCAAAGGAUUCCGAUUAUGCCCGUGAAGAUAAUCAGCAAAUGCUGCAAAGAGUGCUUGACAUUGUGGAAGAAUUGUCUGCAAGAGUCGAUAGUAUUCAGUCUGGCAAAAGUCGCCCUCCUGUAGACAUUUACAAGCCGCUUCCUAAAGUACGUCUUAGUGGAGUACCAACCUUGUCUCUAUCCGAUGAGGACAGUUCACCACUUCCAGCUCGGCACUCACUUCUUAUCAACCAGACCCAUUCAGCUAUUCUAGCCUUGGAAACGCUUGAUAUACAAAAGCCUCUUGAUCCUCGUCAUCCUGAUGUGUAUCAGUCCUAUGUGGACGUACUGCAGACAUUCAGUAACGAAACCCUCCCAGAUAAUCUAUCUUGGACCGCUAAUACUGCAGGAAGUCAGAUGAGAGAGCUAGAUAGCCGUUCCAUGGACUUACAAUCUCGUUAUGCCCAGGCAUAUCUUCUGAUGCAGUGUACACAAGCAGCUGCUCGUAAUCCAAAUGACAUUGGUAAACUGAUCGAUGCUGUCAAUGCCAUCGCCCUUUAUGAUAUGCAACGAGUCAUUGAGAUUCACAACGAGUUUCCAUACAAGACCUUAUCAUCAGAUACAUCUUCAAGCCAGGACCACCUUCGCGACUCUGUGUCUACAUACGAUAGCUCCUAUAUCAAGGAGGAAACUCAUGCCCCAUUGUUCUCUCAAAAAGCAGGCUUAGCGUCAAUGGAAAGCAUUGAACUACAGCCUGCUGAAGACACUGCAUCCAAAUCAGUCUAUUUGCCUUUGUUGGAGUACAAAGUCCAACUCAUGCAGUCGCCUUCCGUUCCUUGCUUUAAAACUGCUGGCUAUGUUGAAGAAGAUGAAAGUAUACCCAUCUUUGACCACAUUGAAAAGAAACAUCAAUCUAUUAAGAAAUGCCAAUCAGCUUUGGAACUGGCUCGCUUUGCCCAUGAUGACGACUUUGACUGCGAUCAUUUACCCUCUCCCAGACCUCUGUUGGAGAAUACAGACCCGGACUUCGAUUUGCCAGCUAGGACACCUGUCGUCCUCUGUGAGGCGUUUAGCGAACCAACCGUACGAAGGAAUGCCAGUGAAUAUCUCUAUAAAAUGCCAAGGUCUGAUUCCUCUAUAUCCAGUUUUCGCCCCAUCAGCAAGUCCCUUGCCUCUGCUAGAAUACCAAAAGGCAAUGCCUCCAAAAACCCAAAAUUCGUUAGGUCUUUAGUCAAGAAGAAGGACUCUUUUGCUAAACUGUUCGCUACCGCGACCGGAAAACAGUUAUAA